CCCACCGGAGGCGGUGUCGGCCCCGAGCGUCCCCCGGCGCGGCUCCCUCCAAUCGCGGGCACGGGGCGGGGCCCAGCGGUGACAUUGAGCGGCGCCCAGCCGGGCCGGGGCAGCGCCAUGUGGGGCCGCGCCGAUAGGGCUGUUAAACUGCUGGCAAGAAAUAUUCCCUCAGUUCUGAGGAUGACCGAGGGAGUGGACCCGAAGAUAAGCAGAAGGCUGUGCACUAAACCCCAGCAAAACCUUCAGACAAAGAGUGGAUCUCGUUCGGGAGUGCCUGGAUACAGGCCUACACCCUGGGAGAGAAGGUUUUUGCUGUGGGCAGGCCAUUACAAAAAGCCAGAGGAUAUUCCAGAGACUGUCUCGCUUGAGACAGUGAGAGCAGCAACAACCACCCUGCGUGUGAAGUUCAGCUAUGUCAUGAUUGCCUUGACAAUAGUGGGAUGCAUCGUCAUGGUGAUCAGAGGGAAGCAGGAUAUGAAAAGACAUGAAUCUCUUACAAAAAUAAACUUGGAGAAGAAAGCCCAGUGGAGAGCGGAAGGUGCAUCUGCUAAACCAUAGAGGAGGAAAUGAAGAGAUCAAGAACUGGGGUAGAAAAGCGAAGUCCCUUUCAGCACUGACAGGAGGAUAUCAUCACAUCUUUCCUGUAUGUUAGUUCUGUACACUCUUGUCCAAGAAAGAAUGAAUAUGCUGUCUUGUAAUCAAUAAAACCAGAAAUACCUA